UCAAAAUAUAUCGAUGCAAAUACACUUUGAACUACAAUAAUAUAUCGAUGUCUGAUUCUAAAACUGAGUCCGAUGAGGACAUUAAAAGUUUAGUUGUGAUUGGACAAAGAAAGAAAAAUACUGGAAAAAGGCCAAUGAUCGAUUUGGAAAAUGUUCGUACAUCAAAAGAUGGAGAGGGUAAGAAUUCAAAAGAUGAAGAUGCAAAACAAUUCAAGUCCAAAGAACAUGUAGAUCCAGAUGUUUUAGUCGAACUGGCAAGUGAAUACCAAAAGAGGAUGAAGAAAAUUCCAAUUCCAACAGGUCGUGUGCAAUAUGGUGUGGUAGUUAACUGGCAAUGUUUAGCCAAAACAAUGAAGUUAUUGUAUGGACAGCCAUUGCAUUAUCUUACUUACAUGCUUUGUAAACAAUGGGAUGAAUCAUGGUUUGGAAGUGAAGAUCGAGAAAAGCCAUUGGAUAUUAUGAUUAAAUGGAGCAGUGCAGAAGUAACUUUGUGGAAUGUUGAACAAGUUCAUAGACUUUGCACUUCUCCUAUAUAUCUUGCUAAGCUUUGGCUUAAUGAUCCUGAAUAUCAUGCUUUUGUUCAUGAGGUUAUUCCAUUUCGUUGAUGCAUGCAUGCUCAAUAUGAAUUCAACAUUAUUGUUGCCAAAUAAAGAAACUUUGUUGUUCAGUUUUUAAGUUCUGCAAUCACUGCAUGAGAUUGUGAUUAAUACAUUAUGAUUUUGAGAUUAAUUUGCUCUUAACUUCUAUGAUU